UGACGAGUUGCCGACUGAUUUAGGGUCGACAUAUCCGCUUAUGGAAAUAAAAUGCCACCCGAGAAGAUGACCUUGGACCCGCGAUGUUACCGUGACCUUUUGUUGUAACCGCCUUUGAAGCGUGUUUGAGUCACUUAUGUUUGCUUUGGCCUUUCAUAAACUGAUAUAUGGGGCGCCUCAAGCGCCCCUCCUCCUUCAACCCUCAUAACAACCACGAUGUCGAAGGCCCUUUUCACCAUCACCGUUUCUCCGCUCUUCGCUGGGAUUGUCAAGGUCUUCUUACGACCUAUACAUACCACAGCUACGUUAUCCUCUGGCGCUUCUGCUACGCUGGGGACGCCACUCCCGACAGCAGGGAUCACUGGCAGGCCCGCGAACUUGAAGCGCAAACGCGACGAGAUGGACAACGAUGCCAGCGAUGCUACCCAUUGUGCCACUCGCGCGACACCUUCACCUGUCCCCACCGAGAUCGACGACACCAUGACACAGGCCGAGCACAUUGAGGCCGCCAAAGACAUGGGGGUCAAGGUCCGCGACUUCGCAUAUGAGCCAUCGUCUCUUGCACCAGUACCAGAACCGUGGCGCAAACCUUUGCAUACACUGGCUGUACACGAUCGCUACCUCCGCGCCUCAAAGCACAAGGGUAUCUUCAAGCUGCCCGGGAAGCUGCUGUGGCGCCUGAUAGACUCCGGACUGGUCACGCAAGAAGAAGCCCUUCUAAACUGGACACAAGAGGAUAGGGAGGCGUGCACGGCUUAUGCGACACGCCCCCGUGGUCCAUAUCCGUACACCAUGCCCACUGUCCGGAAACCGACCGCCGAAUAUCGGAGGCGCCUCUGUCGCGCGAUUUAUGGAGCUGCCAAAGACGACGUCCCAGAAGAGCUCAUUUAUAUGCCUCCAAACACUGAUGACAUGGACGAUGGCACGUCCGAAGUUCCUGGAGCUAACGCCACGAUGCGUACCCUCCCACCCGAAUUCGUAAACGCUGUCUCUGCAGCAAUGGGUCCUGUAGUAGAGGAGAUAUCUGGAACCCUUGACAACACGUCCGUAGAACGCCCUGCAGCGAAGAAGCGACGCGUUGCUGAACAUGACUCUUCGUCGCCUACACCCGCCGAAAUCUCCCCCACGUAUUCGGAACAUAAUCAUCCUUCCUCAUAUACCCACGAAGGCUCACAACACAGUUCGACGCGCGAGCCUGGAGACUCGACGGGGACGAUUCCAACGCAGGCUCCUCUUGAUACCCCCGCGCCAGACGCGCUUCCGCCUCCUCCGAGACCGAUACGACGAUCCAACCUUGUUCGGACGGAGAGUGUCAUCUGGUGAGCACAGCGUUCGCGCGCCACGUUGGAUGCUGUACGACACUUGUAACUCGGCAUCGUGUGCAUCUGGCGUAGCUGUAUCACUAAGUGCACGGACCGGCACCUAUACCCUAUCUAUACCAGUUGCUGCCGUAUUGUUAGCAUUGAACAGAUUUGGCUCGUUCGC